AAUAUUGUUCUUCUCUCCCAAUUUUCGUCUGCCUCCUCUUCCUCUCCUCAAAUUCGUCUAAUUCUUCUUCUAACCCUCUAAUUCCUCUCCCCAUUCUUCAAUUAUCUCUAUCCUUAGAGAUUUAUCAUGUUCCUGAGCACCAAUUGUAGUGUAGAUCACUACAAGUAGUAUCAGAGAAGUCGAUUCUCGGACUGCUACCAUGGCUGCUGCAACAAAUAAAGUUUCACAAGUAGAAGAAGAAAUUUCAGUAAAACAAGAUUGUUUUCACAAGUUACUGAUAGCAAAUCACAAUCGGUCUUGACUGGAGUUUAAAAAAGCUUUUAAUGAUUUAUUCUUGGCAACAUGGGAAAAGUAUCGGAAUAGAUCAACACCAAGUUUCGACGAUGAGAUCGGUGGCGUAGCUAUUGAUUCGCAGAUAGAAAAUGAUGUUGAGAAAUUGGAGUCCAGGACUAAAGAUAGCCAUGAUUUAAUUGGAGCUGGAGUUUUAGAUUCUACCGCAACAACAAAUUUCUCUCACAGAUCUGGUGAAUCGGAGUUGAAGAUGGCUGAGAAUGAAAUUGACGUCGAAUUGAAAUCAAUUUCACUUGACUUAGUUGAUUUAAGUUCAAUAAGAGAAUCAAUUCAAAAUUCUUCAACUCCAAGUGCAACGGAUGGAGACUACCAGGGAGGUAAACCUUUCAACUCUGAUGAUAAAUCUGAUAAUGAUGAUGUGGAUUGUCAAGUUAGCAAGGUCACAAAUAGUGAGCAUCAUACUUCCACAGCUGAAAUGAAGAAUUACGAGAAUCCUUAUUACUUAAAGGAGUUGUUUUAUCUCCAAAAUAAAUUGCACUCUCAAGAUUAUUCUUAUCUUCUUGUGGUCGACAUUCGCUCUUUAUAUGAUCGUGGUCUUGAUUCUUCCAAUGACCAGGGAAACUGAAUAUGGUAUUUCACAAGGACUGAUUGAGAAACUGCUGGCGAAAGAUUACAAAUCUCAUAUACAAAUGCCAAUGACCUGGAAGGUAUUAGUGGAGAUAAAGAUAUUCACAACGAACUGGGAGAAACCAAAGGAUGUUUCACAGACUUCUUGGAUGGAAUUCAAUUGUAUACUCAGUCUUCCUUCACUCCUUGGUGUUACAUCCAAACUAGUUUUGGACCUCUGCCUGUUAAGAGUCCACAUUCUAGAGUAUGUUGACAGCACUCAUUUGAGUAGUCUUCAGCUGAGGCUUCUGGAAUACCAACCACAGGAAGCUAUUUAUUGGAGAGGAAUUCUUUUAUGGUGGUAGAAAUCAAGGAGAGUGGAAAUCCAUGGGUUGAUGUUCCAGAAUGAGUGCUGUCAACAUACUCUAGAAUGUGGACUCUUAAUUGGGAGAGAAGAACAUUAUUAAUUUCAUCAUUACUUGAUAA